AUGUCAUCUACAACUCAUACAACUCAUCAUGUUUAUGAUAAAUCUCGUCCGGGUAUUUACCCAAAGAGAUCAAUACAACAACAACAAACAAUAACAUUCAAUGAAACAUUUAGAACAUUGUUUCCAGCUGUCUUGGCUGUGUUGUUAUCGUUGAUAGUGUUAUCAGCUUUCAAUCAUAUGGAUUCAUCGAUGCUCUCUUGGAUCCAACAGAAGGGAAUCAAUGAUGUCAAGGGACACAAGAUAACAGAGUCAUUGAUACCGUUUGACACCAAGAAUAAAGUUAUGAACAGACCAAACAAACCGAGCACAAUGACAGAGUAUGAAGGAUUGAGCCACCUCUAUUGGGAGACAAAAUUCGGUCACCAAAAACUUUUGGACGCAAAGAAAUAUUGCAAGAAAGAACUCGAAGUUGUAAUGAGAAACUACAAACCAGACUAUGAAGCAUUGGGAAGUCGAACAAGUGCCAGUUAUUGGGCAAACAAAGAUCGUAUUGAAAAAGAAUUAAAUCAUUGUUUAGCAUCUCAUGUAUAA